UGUGUAAUACAGAGUCCAUGAGUCACAGUGAAGCUGGAGGUGGGUCUCCUUCAUAUUGUCAAGUUUAGCUUGUGCACCAUGGUCAGAGUACGUGACAGGCGCGAUCGCCUGCCAAUAUCUUUGGGUACGGCUGAAACAUCAUUUAGGUCCUGCUGGCGGGUUCUGAGGUUGAAUCCGGCUGGUGGGUUGUAACAGGUAUGGAGAGGAGAGGCAAUUAAAGGCUAAUAACAUCGAUCGGUGGUGAUCACUGGGGAAGUGAAAUGGAACAACAGGUUGGAGGAGGAAGACGGGAGAAUCCUACUGUGUUAGGAUUGUACGGCUGUAAGGAGGAAGCAGUGAAGUUAUAGUAACAAUCACAAAUAUUUUUGGUGCAAUAUGAUGGGAAAGAAAAAUUCACCUUUAAAGAGAAUUAAGUAAGAAGAAAAGUUUAAUAGUGGAAACAAACAAAAGGGCAGAAAAGAGAGAUGCAAAAAUAAAAGUCCAAAGUAAGCUGAAGUGAAGAAAAGAAAAUAGAAAAGCAAGUGGAAGCAAAGUAUAAAGUAGCUACAGAGCUCAGUGCAGAGUGAAGGAUAUAAGUGUACGCAGUGAAGUAACUAAGAGGGUGUAGUGAAGUAUCUAAGUGCAAAGAAGUACCAAUGACCUCUAGGGAGCGAUACAAAGCGGCCAGCUCAAAAGACGAAGAAUUUCUCCAUGGCAACGCUGCCGACGCUCGCCUGCCCUGCCGAGGCCCGUGGGCGGCUUUGCCAGGGACACUGCAGCACCACAGCCACCAGCCGCCCGCACCGCCGGGGAUGUAGAGGGCGUGGCCUGACCAGCCCCCUAAUACACUGAAUAAUAAUAAAUAGAAGAAGAAGCCCGUGUGCCGCAGCAGCCACCGCGUCCGUUUUUGGCAUUACCGAGGAUUCCGAGCCUCCCUGGCAGCCCCUGCGUCACCCUGCCUGCCUCAGCGGGGCGGGGCGGCCUACCAAGCCAGCAGCAACAGGGCCCAGCGGGGAUGCAUUGGCCUGUGUGUGACCCAUGGCAGCACAACUCCACAAUAGCUACCUGGGAUGAUGAUAAUUUACAACCCUUUCUGAUGAUCUGGAUUCAUGAAGAAUAUGUUCCUAUGCAAGUAAAGAAGUAAAUGAAUAGUGUUGAGGGGCCACAGUCAUUUCCAGUCAAUAUGGAAGAUAUCAGGAAAUUUGAAUGUGAGGAGUGUGGCAGUUUACUGUUUAGUAGAAGCAAAUUUAUCCAUCAUUCACUGUAUCAUAGAGGAGUGACCGUACAUAUCUGUGAGGAGUGUGAGCAGUUGUUUAUUUGUGAGAAGCAGCUGGAAGAACAUUCUGCAAUUCAUGGUGGCAAAAAGCACAAGUGUGAGCAGUGUGGGAAACGUUUUACCACAAAUAGUGCUCUCAUCCGACAUCAAGUGAUUCAUUCCCAAACUAAGCCCUUUAUGUGUGAUCACUGUGGGAAGGGUUUUAACAGGAAGUGCAGUCUCACCCGCCACUUGAACCUUCACACUGGAGCAAAGAUUUACGAAUGUGAAAAGUGUGGCAAGGUGCUCAGUGACAAUAGCAGUCUGCAUCAUCACAUGAACAUUCACACUCAAGCAAAGAAAUUCACAUGUGAAGAAUGUGGCAAAAUUUUUAACAGAAAAGGUAAUCUCACCCAGCACAGUUACAUUCACCUAGGAGUUAAGAAGUAUCCGUGUAUUGAGUGUGACAAGAUAUUCGCUAAGAAAAGUACACUAAAUGACCAUAUGAACACCCACACAAGGGAAAAGGAGUAUGCAUGUAAUGAGUGUGACAAAAUAUUCACUGAUAGGAGUAGUCUUAACCAACAUAAAAACAUACACACUGGGGUAAAAAAAUAUAAGUGUAAGGUAUGUGAUAAAGCAUUCUUGUAUAGAAGCAUCCUUAACAAACACAAGAACAUCCACUCUGCAGUCAAGAAACACAAAUGUGAUGAAUGUGGCAAAGCAUUCACCCACCGGAGCAAUCUCAUGAGACAUAUAAAGACUCAUGCCAGAGAUGCUCAAAACAAGGACUCAGAAGGCGCCGUUACACGGGCACAAGUUUCUUCAGUGAGCAACUCUCAGUGAGUACUAUUCUGUUCAGGUAAAGGCUUUUUCUGUGAGCAGGCAGUGAACUCCUCUGAAGCUGUUUUUACUCAUUGAGCAAAGCAAAAUUUUCUGUGAUAUACGGUAUAUUAUAGAGAACCGAUACCAGUGAAUGACUAAAUUGUUUAUUGUAAAAGCGUUUAGUUCCAAAAAUCUUUAAAUACCUUAAUAAAUGUGAAAUUAAGUUAAUCAAGACAUAAUAUGCUUUACAGAAAUGUAUUAACAUCUU